GCGGGGCGGGCGCUGCUGCCGCGUCCUCGGAGACGCGUCCCGGGGGCUGGAGAGACGCCCGAGGGCUCCAGGCAGCCUUUCCCGGGUGGGAGCGAGCGAGCGAGCGAACGAGCGAGCGACAGAGACGGCGGGGAGGGCAGCUGAGCCCGCGGGCGCCUGGAUGGCGUCUCUGCCCGCCGCCUCCUCGCCCACGGGCGCCCCCGAGCCCAUCCAGCCGGCCGCCCCCCCUGCCGGCCCGGCCGGGAUCUCCUUCCAGCUGCAGAUCGGGCUGACCCGCGAGUACGUCCUGCUGCCCGCCGCCUGCGACCUCGCCCACGUCAAACAGCUGGCCUGCUCCAUCGUGGACCAGAAGUUUCCUGAGUGCGGAUUUUAUGGCCUCUACGAUAAAAUCCUGCUGUUCAAACAUGACUCUUCAACAACCAACAUUUUACAACUGGUCCGAGCUGCCUCCGACAUUCAGGAGGGUGACCUGGUGGAGGUGGUUCUCUCAGCCUCGGCUACUUUUGAGGACUUCCAGAUCCGUCCGCAUGCUCUCAACGUCCACUCGUACCGGGCACCGGCGUUCUGCGACCACUGUGGAGAGAUGCUUUUCGGUUUGGUCCGCCAAGGCCUCAAAUGUGAUGGUUGUGGCCUGAACUACCACAAACGUUGCGCCUUCAGCAUCCCCAACAAUUGCAGCAGCGCCAGGAAACGCCGCCUCUCCUCCACCUCGCUGGUCAGCUCGCAGUCCUUGCGGCUGUCGACCACAGAAUCCUUGCCCUGCGCCCCGGACGAACUGAGCCGAAGUUCCACGGAGCUUUUUCCCCGCCGCCUGACCUCCUGCACCUACAUUGGCCGCCCCAUAGAGCUGGACAAGCUCUUCCUCUCCAAGGUGAAGGUGCCCCACACCUUCCUCAUCCACUCCUACACCCGCCCCACCGUCUGCCAGUACUGCAAGAAACUCCUGAAGGGGCUCUUCCGCCAGGGCCUUCAGUGCAAAGAUUGCAAAUUCAACUGCCACAAGCGUUGUGCGACGCGGGUGCCCAACGACUGUCUGGGGGAGGCAUCCUUUAAUGGUGGCGAUGUGCCGAUGGAAGAAUCGAGUGAUCUCAGCGAGGCGGAUAAGAACUCACUCAUGGACGAGUCCGACGAUUCCGGGAUCAUCCCAGGAUCUCAUUCGGAAAACGAGCUGCGCAUGGACGAAGACGUGGGGAGCCUCCAGAAAUCCCAAAGCUCCGUAGGGUAUAUCCCCCUGAUGCGGGUGGUGCAGUCGGUCCGACAGACGACGCGCAAGUCGAGCACGGCCCUGAAGGAAGGCUGGAUGGUGCAUUUCAGCAACAAAGACACCUUGCGGAAACGGCAUUAUUGGCGGCUGGACAGCAAGUGCCUCACCCUCUUCCAGAACAACAGCAGCAACCGCUACUACAAGGAGAUCCCGUUGUCCGAGAUUUUGACCGUGGAGCCGGCUCAGGACUUUUCCCUCAUGCCAUCCGGGGCAAAUCCUCACUGCUUUGAAAUCAUUACCGCCAACGCCACCUACUACGUGGGCGAGAACAGCGCCCCCGGCAACUCCCAGCAUGGCGCGGACGGCCUGGAACACGCCAAGGCCUGGGAGAUGGCCCUCCGCCAAGCCCUCAUGCCCGUCAUCCUGCAGGGGGUACCAGCUGCCCAGGGACAGCCCCCCCACAGACAAGCGUCUUUGAGGAUCUCCGUGUCCAACAGCCAAAUUCAGGAGAACGUGGACAUCUCCACCGUCUACCAGAUAUUCCCAGAUGAGGUCCUGGGCUCCGGUCAGUUUGGUGUGGUCUACGGAGGAAAACACCGCAAGACCGGGAGGGAUGUGGCCGUGAAGGUCAUCGACAAGCUUCGUUUCCCCACAAAGCAGGAGAGCCAAUUGCGGAACGAGGUCGCCAUCUUGCAGAGUUUGAGGCACCCUGGGAUUGUAAAUCUAGAAUGCAUGUUUGAGACCCCGGAGAAAGUCUUUGUAGUGAUGGAGAAGCUCCAUGGAGAUAUGUUGGAGAUGAUCCUGUCUUCGGAGAAGGGCCGGCUGCCAGAGAGGCUGACCAAGUUCCUAAUCACCCAGGUCCUGGUUGCCCUCCGACAUCUGCAUUUCAAGAACAUCGUGCACUGCGACCUGAAGCCUGAAAAUGUCCUCUUGGCGUCUGCCGAGCCCUUUCCGCAGGUGAAGCUGUGUGACUUCGGCUUUGCCCGCAUCAUUGGGGAGAAAUCCUUCCGGCGUUCGGUGGUGGGCACCCCCGCCUACCUGGCCCCCGAGGUGCUGCUCAACCAGGGUUACAACCGCUCGCUGGACAUGUGGUCGGUGGGCGUCAUCAUGUAUGUUAGCCUGAGCGGCACUUUCCCCUUCAAUGAGGACGAGGACAUCAACGACCAGAUCCAGAACGCCGACUUCAUGUAUCCGCACAACCCCUGGCGGCAGAUUUCGGUCGGAGCCAUCGACCUGAUCAACAACCUGCUCCAGGUGAAGAUGCGGAAACGUUACAGUGUGGAUAAGUCACUCAGCCACACUUGGCUACAGGAUUACCAGACCUGGCUGGACCUCCGAGAGCUGGAGAGCCGGAUGGGCGAGCGCUACAUAACCCAUGAGAGCGACGAUGCCCGCUGGGAGCACUUUGCUGCCGAGCACAGCCUGCAGUACCCCGAGCACCUGCGCGUUCGACGGCUGCAGGAGGAAGAGGAGGAGGAAGAGGAGGCCAGAGAGCAAGAACAGGAGAUGGAGAUGCAAGGCUUGGCCGAGCGGGUCAGCGUCCUCUGAAGGCUUGUCGCAGGACGAAGAAGGACCAAGAAACUGGAAGGGGACCUUGACUGGAGCAACCCCAGCCUCUUGUCUUGAAUUCGCACUGAACACCUCCCCAAUAAUCUCAUUUCCGGAGGUUGGAAAAAUCACAAAAAAGAAACGGAAACUAUCGGGACAUCUUUGGCUGCUCCGAGGCCACGAUUACUAAGCCCCUCAACGGCCAUGAUUAAGAAGACUCGCGAUGUUCAAGGUAGUCAUGCAGAAUGGAUGGAGCUCCCUGAACCUUGGGACACGGCCCUGCGUUCGUUGUUUCCUCCCCUUUUUUUCGACUGGGGAUGUGUGACUUUCUUUGCAGGUUGCAUUAGCCUUGUUUGAGCCUUUUCCCACAAUAGCCCUGGGUUAACGCAACGACGGGCAGUUUUCCUCAUCUAGGACCAAUGGGGGUGCAGAGGAAGCUUUGGGGAGAUGUGAAGGUUGAGGAAGAGGAAUUGAGAGAUGUUUCAAGGUGGAGGUUGAACCUAGAAGAUCAGUGGGGAUGAAGGUUCUUGGUCCAGGGUUUUCCAAACGUGGCCACUUUAAGACUGGUGGACUUCAACCCCCAGAAUCCCCCAGCCAGAAACGUGCAGCAGGCAGAAAGACGCUGGCUGAGGAAUUCUGGGAGUUGAAGUUCACGAGUCUUAAGGCUGCCAAGUUUGGAGACUCCCCCUGGUCUAAUAAAUCUUGAGUGGGAAUUGGUUUCUUUGAUCUCUGAAUCGGUGUUUCACAAACUUGGCCUCAUGAAGCGGGGUGGACUUCAACUCCCAGAAUUCCCCAGUCAGAACCAUGCAGCGGACAAAGACCUGGCUGUGAGGAAUUCUGGGAGCUGAAGUCCCACAAGUCUUGAAGUUGCCAACUUUGGAGACCCGCACUGGUCUAAUAAAUCUGAGUGGGAGCUGGUUUCUUUGAUCUCUGAAUCGGUGUUUCUCAAGUGGGGUGGACUUCAACUCCCAGAAUUCCUUACAGCCAGGUUUUUGUCUGCUGCAUGUUUCUGGCUAGGGGAUUCUGGGAGUUGAAGUCCACCCCACUUCAAGUGCCCAGUGAGAGACACUGCUUUUAAUGAGUUAGCGGAGAGGUAAGGAUUGUUGUCAAGCAGCCAAAAACUCACUCAGGCAGUUUUUCAAGCAGGAGACAACUUUUGGGAGAUAAAAAAGAGAACUGCCCCUCCUCCCCCCCAAUUGCUCCUUCCUCCAUGCCUCCCAAACAGCACGUUGGCUUUCCGAAGUUGACCGUUUGAAACAGGCCAGCGCUGCCAAAGACUGGCUCCUUGUGAGUGCGAACAAAGCCACUUUCUCUUCCAGCGCAAAAUGGGCCAACGUCUUUGCCUCCAAACUCCAAGCAGGCUGGCCGAAAUCCAUGCGCCGGAAGGGAAAUGAGGAAACCCCAGAAGUGUGGGGGGGGGAAUACUAUGUGGUUCCCCCUCCCUUUAAAAAAAAAAAAGUAUUUCUUUUUGAAAGAUUCAGAGGCCAUUCUGCACAUCCAGUGUGAAGGAUUCACCCAUAAUUUUUGGACGGGACAGGAAUUCUCCAUCUAAUCAAAUGCUUCCCGUGAUGGUCAGGUAUAGAAAUAUUUUUCUCCCCAGCCAGGCUGAUGGGAAUGGUAAGUGUCACUUAGUUGGAAAGUACGGAAGAGGUCUGCAGGCCUCUGGAUCUGGGGUUGGGAAGGAGAAAUGUGUGGGUUUGUGGUUGUUUGCGUAAUACAAACUGAGGUGAGAUUUUCGUUCUUCACAGCAAGAUUUCAGUCUUUUAACAUUGGCAUUUAUUAGAUUAAUGGUCCAUCUCUACUCCCUGCUAUUCAAGUUGGCCAUCAACCUUCUGCUGAAUCUUACCAAUUCUCCCCUGGCACUUAACUGGGUUCACACACCGCACCAAAUCUGUGUUUCGCUCAUUAGAGCUUGCGGAAUAAACCACCAUUGAUUGGUCAAGGGGAAAUAGUCAGUUUUAGGGCAGGUCAGCCUCUGAUGUGGCUACUUCGUAGGAACUGGGCUUGCAUUGAAGAGGCAGCUUCCCCCGGACAAUUGUUUAUAUCCUGAAAUGUCUAUUUUUUUUUUAAAUAACCAGAACGUUGUGCUGUAUAUAAAAAUACAUUUAAAUCCUA